UAUCCUUUUCCCUUAGCUUCUUCCUCUUACACUCAUUAUUAUUCCAUCAUCAACAACAUGGCAACUAUUGCAUCUGCAUGCCUUCCUUCCUACAUCAUCAAAAAACCACUUGGAUUUCACCCUUCAAACCUCCACAACAAGUGUUUCUCUAAGUCCAAUGCCUCCACCUCCACUCUCACAUGCAAGGCAUCAUCAUCAUCAUCAUCAACCAUGAUGGACUUUGACUUGUAUGACCUUCUGGGCAUUGACAGCUCUUGUGAUCAGUCACAGGUCAAAGUGGCGUAUCGCUCUCUUCAGAAGCGCUGCCACCCUGACAUUGCUGGCCCUGCUGGCCAUGACAUGGCCAUCAUACUCAACGAAGCUUAUUCCAUUCUCUCUGACCCAAAUGCACGCCUUGCCUAUGAUAAGGAGCAAGCAAAAAGUUCAGAAUUCAAAGGCUUCACUGGCAGACCCAUAUACUCGGUCUGGUGUGGGUCAGAAAGUGAGCAGCGGGCAAUAUUUGUCGAUGAAAUCAAAUGUGUUGGUUGCCUGAAAUGUGCUUUGUUAGCUGAAAAGACUUUUGCUGUUGAAUCAGUUUAUGGAAGAGCAAGGGUUGUUUCUCAGUGGGCUGAUUCCCCAAACAAAAUUGAUGAGGCAAUAGAAUCUUGUCCUGUCAAUUGCAUUUCGGUUGUUGAGAGGUCCAACCUUGCAGCUUUGGAGUUCUUGAUGUCCAAGCAGCCACGUGGCAAUGUAAGAGUAGGUGCAGCUCACACAGCCGGUGCUCGUGUCUCUAAUAUAUUUGUAGAUGUGGAGAAAUUUCAGACUAGAUUCCAGGAAGCAAUGGAAAAGGCUAAUAAGUGUUCUAAGGAAACAGACCUCCAAAGAGAAUCAAGAAUGUCAGCAAUUCAGGCAAUAAGAUCAAUUUCCAAUUGGUUAUACUGGCAAACACCUAGAUCAAGUAGUAGCUCAUCAAAAUCAGAAAAAGGCAUGACAAGAGUUGUAUAUAAAUUGCCUGAACCGGAUAUCAGCAAGCUCAGAGAUGCGGUCGCAAGGAAGAAAGUACGAGAUAGGACAAGGACCAAACAUCAAACCCCAUUAAAUUUCAUUCAUCCUGAGGAGUAUUGGACUCCAUCAACUCAUGCUCUUCCAUCUUCAACUAGAAGUACUACUACUCCAACCCCACUUGAAAAGCCUUCAGUUACGACCACAGGACAGAAAAAAACAAAUGCAAGUGAUCAUGAAACAUAUGAGAAUCGAAAUAGCCCUAUCAGAUGGGGAUUACCAAUAAUUACUGCAUUGACUGCAGUGGUUACAGUUCAAAUACACACAGUUGAGUCAACAAGUAAACUGCAACAACAUGUGGCUGGUUCUCUAGCUCUGCAAAUUGUUAACAGCUCUUGGUUGCAGUGUACCCUGGCAGCAGCUACAUGGUAUAUGAUUGGAAUGGCAAUUACAGAACUUUUGUCCAUAAUUGGAAAUAGAAAUAGGUAGAAGUAUAUAUUAGGAGCUUUAAAUUUUACAGGUAAAUAUAUAUAUAUAUAUAUAUAUAUAUAUAUAUAUAUAUAUAUAUAUAUAUAUAUACACACAUGUAAUAAACUGUAAGGUAUGUAAAGAAACACAUGAAUCACUUCACAGUAGAUGAUGUAUAAGUAUAACAAUUUAGCCAUUAAGAAUGCUAUACUUUAUCAAUUCUCUGACUCA